AUGCCGCGUCCGCGCCGCGCGGUGCAGCUGGCGCCCGGCUCGCUGGCCCUGGUGCUGCGCCGGCGGCGGGAGGCGGCCGAGGAGCCGAGCGGCGCGGCGCUGUUCCGGGCCUUUCGCCGGGCCAACGCCAGGUGCCACUGGGACGCCGGGCUGGCGCGCGCCGUGUCCCGCGUCUCGCUGCAGGGCUGGCUGCGGGGCGGCGUGCUGCUCCUGCAGGGCCCCGCCGCCCCUCUGCAGCUGCUGCGGGACGCCUGGCUCCGCAGGGCGCUGCGCCCGCCCCAGGGGUUCCUCAUCCGGGCAGUGGGUGAUGUAUCUCCAAUUCACAUGAAUCCUAUUUCUCAAUCCCAGUUUGUACCUUUGGCAGAAAUUCUUUGCUGUGCUAUAUCUGAUAUGAAUGCAGCUCAUGUUGUUGUUACCCAGGAAACGUUAAUGGAUCAGUUGGUGAAACAUUAUCCAGGUAUAGCAACUCCCUCACAAGAAAUUCUAUAUAGUGUGCUUGGAACUUUAAUUAGAGAAAGGAAGAUAUAUCACACUGGAGAAGGCUACUUCAUAGUGACCCCUCACACCUACUUUAUCACAGAUAAUGUCAUGAAAGACAAUAAGAAGUUCCUCUUAGAGGAUAAUUGCCCUCUACUGCCGUCCACCUCUUAUCUUGUAAACAUGGAGAGCUCUGCAGAUCUAACAAAAGAAAAUGUUCCUCUGGUGUCUCAUUGCAGAUCCUGUCAUUGUUUCCCUGCUCAGGCUAUAUUCAGUGAACAAAGACAUCAGCAAUUAAUUAACCAUGAACCUAAUGGAAUUUGUCAGAAAGGCUCUGGUGAGUUGAAGCCCUCAGUUCAGAAUCAGCCUCUCUCUAAAUCAGUUGAGACUCAGUCAUGUGACAUAACCAAGUCCUUAACUUCAAUGAAAGAAAAAGAAAAAUGUAAAAAGUUUGGGCUUAGCCUUUUCUGGCGUAGCACAUCUAAAAAAGAAAAACCUAAAAAAAAGUAUUCUUCUUUUUCUGCCCAAUUUCCUCCUGAAGAAUGGCCAGUCAGGGAUGAAGAUCAUUUAGAUAACAUUCCACGUGACAUUGAACAUGAAAUCAUCAAGCGUAUUAACCCUGUGCUAACAGUAGAUAACUUAGUUAAACACACAGUACUAAUGAAGAAAUUUGAGGAACAGAAAAAAUAUAUUAGUAAAGGCACCUCAACCGAAAUGUUGACAGUUAAGCAAAAGCACAUUUCAAAAGGGUGUGUUCUUAAAAAGCAAAGUAAAAGGGCAGAGCAUCACAGGAAAGUUCAAUCCAACAAAGAAAAGCAAAUAAGAAAAACCCAGAGAAAAUCUCAAGUUAAUGAGGUAAUGUCAGAAAAUGACAAACAGGAAAAAUUUGCAGAGCGUGUAUCACAUAUUACAAAUGAAGUCAUAGCUCAUGAACAGCUAUAUGAGGAUGCAACAGGUGUUAAAUCCCAUUUUAUAUAUAAAAAGCAAAUUAAGAAUCCUUUUCAAGGUCUACCAUGUAGAGAUAAACUUUCUACAAAAGGGCAUAAAGGUCAGAAAAACAGUCAAUUUAAGUCCAGGAUUCAAAAGCAAGAAUGGAAUUUUCAAAGGUCAAGGUCUUUGGAUUCCUCAGGAACCUUUGACCAUGAAGCCAUACAAUCAAAUGCUGAAAAAUGCAGUGACAAAGCCAAGCAAAACAAAUCAUCCCACGCUGAUAGGUUGGCGGGAAGAAUUGUUAAAGGCCAUUUCAGUGAAUUCUCUAAUUAUCCACAAUGCAGUACUGUACAAAUAGAUGAUAUAUGUCAUUAUUCCAGAGAGAGUAGCCUUUCUGACUAUAUCUAUAGAGGGGCAAACAACGUUAUUGGAGAUGUUCCAAAAACUUGUUUCUCUUACGCUGAAGAUAUGUUUGAGUUUAAGGAAGAAAUAAAGUAUCCACUGAGUUCAAAAGAUACCCAUCAGUGUGACAAACCUGCCAUAAUAUGUGAGCUACUAGAUCAAACAUCAAAUCAGUUUCAGAAUUUCAGUCUUUCUAAUGAUCCUGCUGACGCUAACCGGUUUCAACAGUCUGAAAAUGGUGCAACUCAAAGACUAAGUAUUGACAAAAAGAACGAACUAAUGUUUAACAAUACUACUAACUGGCCUGAGUCUGUUAACCCAGAAAAAAAAGGAUUUACUGAUGAUCAGACUUUGUAUCAAAAAGUAGAUGAUGAUGAUGAUGAUGAUGCUUGCAGCUUAUUAUAUCCUGAGGAGGAUGAUUACCCUAAAUCGUAUGAGCAGCAACUCAGCCACACCAUUUCAGAAACAGGAGAAUGGAGUAAGGGAAUACAACAAAUAGGAACUGAACUCUCUCUCAGAAACUGGGGUCUUAGUAUUCAUCCAGCUGAGUGCAAUACUGAUGUAAAUCAAUUAGAUUCUUGUGGGCAUGAAGAAAAUGAAAGUCAUAGUCAUAGUGGGUCAAUGGAUAGCUCACAAGAGUGCCAGAAAAUGCAUCUUGCAAGAGAAAAUUGUUUCUAUGAGCGGCUAUCUCAGUUUGCUUACACUCAUCAUGAAGAGGAAGUUGACCUUGCUGAACAUGUUCAGGCUUCAGAUAUUGGUGUCAAUAUACUUGAUUUCUGCAAAACAAACAAGGGUGAUUCAGAUGCUGAAACUUUGCCAAACACUCCCAAUGAAAUGAGAGAGAAAUUAGCAUGCUGGACACUGGGACUGCAGACCAUGGAAAUGAGAAAAAAAAAUGGAAAAAAGCAGCAGCUUUUUAGUAGUACACAUACUACGAUUUCAGGGACAAAUGUCCAAAAAGAAUUAAAUAAUGUAGAAGUAACAGAAAACCAGAGCAUUACAGGAGACAGCGGAAUUGAUUCUCCAAGAACACAAAGUCUUACAUCUAAUAAUUCAGCCAUUUUGGAUAGGUUGAAAAGAAGACGAAGUUUCCUGCAGAACUUUGAAGGCAUAAAUAACAGUGCAAGGAGUGGAAGGAUGCUUACAGAAAAUACAUUGCUGCAGUUAACUCCAGUCAUGAAUGUUUAAGUUUUUUCUCUUACAGAGCUUUGUGAAUUCUUUCUUUUGUAUAAUAGCAUUAAUGUAAAUUUUUUAAACAAUCAGAUAUGUAAAGAUGCAUCUAAAUCCAUGUCUAUACUUUCAACUUGUUUGAACUAGGGCUGUCAAGUGAUUACAAAAAUCAUGAUUAAUUGCACGAUCGUGGUGUUAAUAACAGAAUACCAUUUAUUUAAAUAUUUUUGGAUGUUUUCUACAUUUUCAAAUAUAUUGAUUUCAGUUACAACACAGAAUACAGUGUGCUGUGCUCACUUUAUUUUUAUUACAAAUAUUUGCACUGUAAAAAAACAAAAUAAAUAGUAUUUUUCAGUUCACCUCAUACAAGUACUGUAGUGCAAUCUCUUGUGAAAGCGUAACUUACAAAUGUAGAUUUUUGUUUGUUUCAUAACUGCACUCCAAAACAGUGUAAAACUUGAGCCUAUAAAUCCACUCAGUCCUACUUCUUGUUCAGUCAAUCGCUAAAACAAACAAGUUUGUUUACAUUUAAGGGAGAUAAUGCUGCCUGUUUCUUGUUUACAAUGUCACCUGAAAGUGAGAACAGGCAUUGGCAGUGCACUUUUGUAGCCAGCAUUCCAAGGUAUUUACAUGUCAGAUACGCUAAACAUUCGUAUGCCCCUUCGUGCGUCAGCCACCAUUCCAGAGGACAUGCAUCCAUGCUGAUGAUCAUUUUUACAGUGCAAAUAUCUGUAAUAAUUAUAUAAAGUGAGCACUGCACACUUUGUAUUGUGUAUUGUAAUAUAAAUCAAUAUAUUUGAAAAACAUCCAAAAAUAUUUAAUAAAUUUCAAUUGGUAUUCUAUUGUUUAACAGUGUGAUUAAUCGUUGAAUUAAUCACGAGUUAACUGCAAUUAAUCAACAGCCCUAGUUUGAACAUUUCACUUUAGAUUCUUGACUUUUAAUUAACAUUUUAAUAAUAGAGUUACUUUUGUUAUAGCUAUGUGAUCAUGUCUGUAAUAAAAAUAUGUAAAGCAAAACUAUGGACUAAGACUGUACUUCAUUCAGGUCAAAUUACUAGCCUGACAUGAUUGUAGGUGGAGCUCCAAUAGGAACCGUACAACUACAAUAAGUUGAUACAAGUUGCACUUCCUAAAGGUACUUCCUGUGUGCACCACUGGGGCAACAGAACCCACUAGAUACCAGCAUACACAAAAUAAAUAAGCAGCAAAAAAGACUUAAUGUCCUGCCUCACCCUGAAAAAGCCACUUGAGACUGAAAACUUGCUAUCGCUAGAUGAGAACUAACACUAAUACUCUGCUGACUAAAGCCAGUGGACCUACUUGUAUAAGGCGCACAGGAGUUAGCGUUUCUAAAUACAAGUACAGUAACUCCUCACUUAAUGUUGUAGUUAUGUUCCUGAAAAAUGCAACUUUAAGGGAAACAAUGUUAACGAAUCCAAUUGUCCCAUAAGAUUUAAUGUAAAUGCGGGGGAGUUAGGUUCCAGGGAUAUUUUUGGGAGGCAGACAAAAGGCAUUGUAGUAAGACGAGGCCCUGAAACAUAACCUCUUGUGUCAGAGGCCCGGUCUGAAGCCUGAACCAAAGUACUUCCAAGCAUUGCUAAGCAAAGCUGGGCUGUGAGCCAGAGGCAGGCCCCACUCACAGAAGUUGGCAAGAAGAGGGUUGCUAGAAGCAGAUGCAUCCACACAUAAGUGCUAAUAAGAGGAGCUUGUGCCAAGAUAGCAUCAGAACACUCCACAGAGAUAACGAGGAACAGGCAGGUGCAUAUUAAAGACAGAAUUAAAAGGACAACAUGAUGGAUAGAUUUGUUUGAAACAACACGAUCAAAGAGGGAGACAGCCCCCAAUAAGUCAAGGGGCUGUACCUCAAUACGUCAAUAGGGAUGAGUAAUCUGACCUGUAACUGUAUAAAAGUAGGUCCCAGAGUGCACAUCUUUGUCUGGCCUAGGGACUUUCCACUGCCUCCGCCACUGACUGAACCGGUCCAUUGCCAGGGGGCACAAACUCGUAGUAUGACUUGUAGAGUCUACUGGAAACUAUUACUGUGCUUCAUUUGACAAUAAACCUGGAUCAGGUUCCUUUGUACCUUACUGGAGUCUGUGGUCUUUGGAGGUUCUCUCGGCUGUGUCAGCUAUCUGCGCAGAGCUGGGGCAGCACACAGAGGGAACACGCACGCAGCUACUUGUUAUCAUCGAACAAGAGCGGAGCACCACACAGGUAGUUACUGACAACAGGCAUUAUACUGUAUAGUACUGUACAGUACUGUGGUUGGGAAGUGCCCCUGGCUUAUCCCACACAGGCACAGCCUGCUGCAGGCAAAGACGCUAGGAAGCACCUUUGCAGCGGCAGCAGCUUCCCUGGAGAACAGGCUUGGAUUUUGCUGGGAAUGCUCCAGGUCUGCCUCUUUCUGUCCCUGCUCCACUCCAGGCCCGCUUCUUCCCACCCCCACUCCACCUCCUCUCCAGAGCAACCACAUCCCUUCCCCCCAGCUGUUUGGCGGUGCUUAGGACUUUCUAGGAGGAAGGGGGAGGAGCAGAGAUGCAGGGCUUCCCUGCUCCUCCCUCUCUCUCCAAGCACUUCGUGAAGGGGCAGGAGCGGGGAAGCCCUGCGUCUCCACUCCUCCCUCUCCCUCCCAGAAAGUCCUAAGUGUCACCAAACAGCUGUUUCGUGGUGGGGAAAGCGCAGGGAGGGAGGGGAAGGAGGCAGAGAAGCGGAGCAUGUGCAAUGCUCCCUUGUAAAGUCGCUGCUCUUCCAUCAAAUCUUACAAGCAGGCAGCCAAAUCACAUAAUAAGGGAACAUUGCACAACUUUAAACAAACAUGUUCCCUAAUUGAGCUGGGAUGUAACACUGAAACAGCGUUAAGUGGGACAACUUUAAAUGAGGAGUUACUGUAAAGACAAUCUUUUACUGAUAUAGGAUGCACGGGAGAAUAUAGACUAUACUAGUGCUACUAACUAAAAAGUUUCACUUAGGUCACACCUUACUGAAUGUUAAAUGAGACUCUCUGAAAGAGGACCUUUUCCACUCUAAGUGCAGAAUGGUAGUGACUUAAUCUCCUAAUUCUAAGGUGGCUAAAAAUCAAUUACUUUUUAAAAAAUUGGAUUUUUAAAUUUAAAUUAAAUACAGAUUUAUGUAAAAUAAACCUAUUAAAAUUAAAUUUGAAACUGACAACCUAUAUUAAGGCUUAACUUACUACAAUUUAUUAAUAUAUUCUGAAUUUAUAUAAAAAAAAAAUUCAAGCAGUACAUAUUUGCUGCCAAAGUUUUAAAAGAAGUCAGACCACUGAUCUGAUGGAAGUCACUGUCCAAGCAGCUAGAACCAUAGUCUAAAGUACUAAACCAGUUUUUGACAGCAGUAGCCUCUUCUGCAGGUUUAUUCAGCUAGGUCAGUUCAAUUACUAGUUUUAUUCAAAGUUGAGAAAUGGAUUCAGAGUUGUAAAAGCAAGAAAGUUUGUUUGUUCUUCCACUGUGUAUAAAAGUGAGGCGAGAGGAUGAGAGAGACUAGUUAUUAAAAACUUGGAUUUGGUGACAAGAAACAAUCAGUUCAGUAUACU